AUGUCUGUCUCUGUCUGGUCUCUGGUGUCGCUCGUUCUUCGGUUUUUCUAUGGUGUUGGUGUCGUUGCUACUAGUGUUGCUACUGGUGUUGCUACUGGUGUUGCUACUGGUGUUGCUUCUGGUGCUGCUUCUGGUUUCGCUACUGCUGUUGUUGCUACUGGUUUUGCUACUGGUUUUGCUGCUGGUGUUGUUAAUACUGGUGUUGCUGCUGUCUCUGUUGUAUGGUUGUUCUUUGUUCUAUCUCUGGUGAUUGCCUAUUCUCUUUUGGUCUAUCCGUGGGUGUGGUAA